UUAUAAUUGCGAUGUGGAUUAGUGUAAAAAUUGUGUUACUGUUGACAAUUUCUUCAUGUAAUGGUUUUGGAAUUCCUAAUGUCUUUGCACCAUUUGUGGAAAGUUUGAUAAAAAAUAAUGCAGACAAAAAAGUUGAAAGAAGAUCGUAUCUUAACGAAUAUGAUUUUAUUGUUGUUGGAAGUGGACCAGCAGGAUGUGUUGUUGCAAAUCGUCUGACUGAAAAUCCAAAUUGGAAUGUUCUUCUUAUUGAAGCUGGAACUGUGGAGACACUGAUUGAACAAGUGCCUAUGUUUGCACCUUAUGAGUUUUUGACACGAUAUAAUUGGGGAUAUGUAGCUGAAAGACAGCCAUACUCAUGUUUUGGUUCAAAAGACAGUCGUUGUGGUUUCCCUCGAGGCAAGGCUCUAGGUGGAACUUCUGUAAUUUAUGGAAUGCUGUACACUCGUGGAAGUAAAGAAGAUUUUGAUAAUUGGGGUAAAUUAGGCAAUUAUGGAUGGGAAUACUAUGAAACUGUAUUGCCAGCAUUCAAAAAGUCAGAACGAGCUCAUCUAAAAUUUUAUCACAAAAGUCAGUUCCAUAAUGAUACUGGAUACUUAUCAGUCGUCCAUAAUGAAUACCAAACACCAAUUCCGAAAAUAUUUAUUGAUGGAAAUAAAGCGAUGGGGUUGGAUGAAAUUGAUUACAAUGCUGAUGAAAAUAUUGGAGUUGCUUACUUGCAAUCUAAUACACUUAAAGGUCGUCGACAUUCAGCUUAUAAAUCGUUUAUUGAACCUUUCUUGCAUCGAAAAAAUCUUCACAUUAUGCUGAAUACUAGAGUAAGCAAAGUUUUAAUCGAUAGUGUCACGAGAAUCGCUUAUGGAGUGGAACUUAUAAGAAAAAACAGACGCCACAAAAUAAUUGCCAGACGUGAAGUGAUUUUAUCAGCUGGAAGCUUCCAUUCACCUCAGUUAUUACAAUUAUCUGGAAUUGGUCCACGUGAAGAUUUACAGAGAAUUGGAGUUCCAGUUCUUCAUGAUCUUCCUGUUGGCAAGGAAAUGUACGACCACAUCUCAUUUCCAGGACUGUUGUUCCGCUCGAAUCUUACAAAUCCAAUUUUGCCAUUUUUAGAAAUCCAAAACAUGGUUAAGGUUUUUGGGAACUUCCUUCAAAGUAAAGGCUUUGGAACUGUCCCAAAUGGAGUUGAGUCCUUAGCAUUUAUACAAACUCCAACCACAAAUGUACCUCAUCCAAGACUUCCUAAUAUAGAAUUAAUUUUACUAACCGUUGCACCUCACUAUGAUAAUGGAUAUGCAGUCAGAGAAAGUGAGAGAAUGUCUGACUGGUUGUAUGAUUCUGUGUAUAAACAACUUGAGGGUGACACAACUUACUCAUUUCUCAUUGUUAUAUCACUUCUGCAUCCAAAAUCAGUUGGAUAUCUUGAACUUAAGGACAGAAACAUCUUUAAUGCACCUAGAUUUUAUUCUAAUUUCUUCAAAGAGCCUGAAGAUGUUGAGUCAAUAUUAGAAGCCAUAAAAUAUACAAUAGCGAUGACAAAAACAAAACCAUUUCAAGAUAUUGGUGCUAGAUUGCAUGAUGCUCCUAUCCCAACAUGUGCAAAGUUUGGAUUUGGAAGUGAUGACUAUUGGAGAUGCGCUAUAAGAACAUGGUGCGUGUCUCUACAUCAUCAAGUUGGAACAUGCAAAAUGGGUCCAUCAGAAGACAGAACAGCAAUAGUUAACCCAGAACUAAAGGUGUACGGUGUCAAAAGACUCAGAGUCAUCGACACAUCAAUUAUUCCAGUAUCAACAACUAGUCAUACGUGUGCAGCUAGUUAUAUGAUAGGAGAAGUUGGUGCUGAUAUGAUUAAGAGAGAUUGGGAGAGGCAGUCCAAUCCAUACAUAUUUCAUUCAAACUAGAUUGUCAAAUGAAGUCUGAAGAAUUUCAAAACACGUUAAUUUUUGUUUCAGGAGUUGCAUACUAAUCGAAUCGGACACAAAAGGAUUGGUUAAUUAAUUUUAAAUUUAGGCGAUUCUGUAUGAUUUUAAUAAAUUGUUUUAAU